AUUCGUUACAGCAAAGACAGACCGACGUCUGACCCGGAACUUUUGUCAACGCUCCUGAUUCUAGUCGGCGGUGUUUUGGCACACCUCCGGAAGUGUGCCGUCCUCGGUCUCAUUCAUUCAGCAAACACAGUCCCGCUAUGGCUGAAUUUAUUUAUUUAUUUCAACGUCCUCAAAUGUAGCUGCUAAAUUCAGCACACAUGGCUACGAAACGCAAAGUGGAGGUGAUUGUCCCCGCUGAGGAGAGUGACCAGCUUCUUAUUCGUCCGCUAGGUGCUGGUCAGGAGGUCGGAAGGUCAUGCAUCAUCCUGGAGUUCAAAGGGAGGAAAAUUAUGCUGGACUGUGGCAUCCACCCUGGCUUGGAGGGAAUGGACGCUCUCCCCUACAUAGACUUGAUCGACCCAGCUGAAAUAGAUCUGCUGCUCAUCAGCCAUUUCCACCUGGAUCACUGUGGAGCUCUGCCCUGGUUCCUCCAGAAGACCAGCUUUAAAGGCAGGACGUUCAUGACCCACGCCACCAAGGCCAUCUACCGCUGGCUACUGUCAGACUAUGUCAAAGUCAGCAACAUUUCUGCAGAUGACAUGCUGUACACGGAGACAGACCUGGAGGAGAGCAUGGAUAAGAUUGAGACCAUUAACUUCCACGAGGUCAAAGAGGUUGCCGGAAUCAAGUUCUGGUGUUACCACGCUGGUCAUGUGCUGGGAGCCGCCAUGUUCAUGAUUGAAAUAGCUGGAGUCAAGCUGCUGUACACGGGAGACUUCUCCCGACAAGAAGACAGGCAUCUGAUGGCAGCUGAGAUCCCCAGCGUCAAACCCGACAUCUUAAUCAUAGAGUCAACUUACGGGACCCACAUCCAUGAAAAGAGGGAGGAACGUGAAGCUCGGUUCUGUAACACAGUCCAUGACAUUGUCAACAGAGAAGGUCGCUGUUUAAUCCCUGUGUUCGCCUUGGGACGGGCCCAAGAACUGCUUCUCAUCUUAGAUGAGUAUUGGCAAAACCACCCAGAGCUUCAUGACAUCCCCAUCUACUACGCUUCGUCCCUGGCCAAGAAGUGCAUGGCUGUGUACCAGACCUACGUCAACGCAAUGAACGACAAGAUCCGCAAGGCCAUAAAUAUCAACAACCCUUUUGUCUUCAAGCACAUCAGCAACCUCAAGAGCAUGGAUCAUUUUGACGACAUCGGUCCCAGUGUGGUGAUGGCGUCUCCAGGUAUGAUGCAGAGCGGGCUCUCCAGAGAGCUCUUUGAAAGCUGGUGUACCGAUAAGAGGAACGGAGUCAUCAUCGCCGGAUACUGUGUGGAGGGCACACUGGCCAAGCACAUCAUGUCUGAGCCGGAAGAGAUCACCACCAUGUCGGGACAGAAGCUGCAGCUGAAGAUGUCAGUGGACUACAUCUCCUUCUCUGCCCACACAGACUACCAGCAGACCAGCGAGUUCAUCAGGGCGCUCAAACCACCACACGUGAUCCUGGUCCAUGGGGAGCAGAAUGAGAUGGCUCGUCUGAAGGCUGCGCUGAUCAGGGAGUACGAGGACAAUGACCAGGUUCACAUUGAGGUCCACAACCCUCGCAACACGGAGGCUGUCACCCUCAACUUCAGAGGAGAGAAACUGGCCAAGGUGAUGGGCUCUCUGGCUGAUAAGAAGUGCGCUCAGGGUCAGAGGGUGUCAGGCAUACUGGUGAAGAAGAACUUCAACUACCACAUCCUCAAUCCUUCUGACCUGUCCACAUACACAGAGCUGUCCAUGAGCACAGUGAAACAGACCCAGGCCAUCCCCUUCACUGGACCUUACUCGCUGCUCGUCUGCCAUCUGAGGAACCUCACUGGUGACGUGGAAGAGCUGGAUGGAACUGAGAAGAACACUUUGAAGCUCUUUAAAAAUAUCAUUCUGACCCACGAGGUCGGCAUGGUGCUGCUGGAGUGGAUAGCUAACCCUCUGAAUGACAUGUACGCUGAUGCUGUCACCACUGUAGUGCUGGAGGUCCAGUCGAACCCAAAGGCUCAGAGAGUCAUGGAGACCCAGAGUGCCAUUAUGGACAUGGAUGUCUUCCAAACCCGACUAGAAGUCAUGCUGCAGGACAUGUUUGGAGAAGAAUGCGUGGAUUUCAAUGAUGGUAAAAACAUCUCUGUGACAGUAGAUGGGAAGACGGUUCACAUUUGCUUGGAAACGAGGUCGGUGUGCUACGAGGAUGAAUGCACGGAGGACGACUCUCUGAGAGAGAUGGUGGAGCUGGCGGUGCAGCGGCUCUAUGACGCCCUCAACCCGGUCAUCUGAGAACAGACACGCGACCGCCAGUCUGCAGACGUUUUCAGAACCAGCUAGACAGUUUCCCAGACUCGCUUAUCACAGAUACAAAAACAAAGAGAACUUGUACAAAUUCUGUGUUAAAAGUUAACAAGCAGCUUGUAUUUGUGUGCUAAACACUGAGUAACGUGUGCUCCUAAGGAUCACAGUGACUUGUCUAUCUGAUAGAUUACUCUCAUCCAUGCUUCUACACUACCAGGAUCUAUAGUUUUAGCUCAUUCUUUUGACAAAACAAAUCAGGCACAAUGCAGCGGAUUGACCUAUAUAUGUUUUAUCCAUUAGAUCCAAAUCAUUAGGCACUUUCCCGGUCUGGUUUGGUGUAAUUAAAGGCCUCGACAGCCAAUCCCACUCCCACCUUCUGAAUUCAAUCCUAAAAGACUAGAUUGGCCCAUUACUAAUUGAUGGAACAUUAUGGAGAGUUUAUGACCUGUGACCAUAGAGCUACCAUGUAAGAGAAGGAAAUAAAUAAGCUACUGUAGGUAGAUCGGAUUUAUUUAUAUAGAUUUUAGUUUUGUUUUUUGUUAUGCAAGUACUUUUAUUUGUAAUAUAUUUAAUAAGUUAACUGUAUUUGUGUGUAGAUGCACUGUAGCUUUUGUUUCACAUGAGUUAGUUUCUAAUGUGAACUGGUAGGGCUGACUUGUGUCUACUUUUAACUGUGAUGUGAACUGUGAAUUUCUAAAUGCACUAAAUAUCAGUGUUCAUUGUAUGAUGUUUAAACAGGAAUGUCAGUUAAAAAUGAGUCCGUAAUUUUGUUGGCUCUUAAAAAUUUGGUUGGUCGUUAUUUUCAUGUUUUAAAUCAUUGUGGGUCUUAAUGACUAAAGAUCGUGAUACAUGUCAACAAAAAGGAAAG